AACCCGUCCCAAGAUCACCAAACAACCCUCCUUCAUCAAACGUUGCAUUCUCAUAUACGCACCUUAAUGCCCCGAGCCCUAGCUCGUAUUCCCCUCCACAGACCGAAAGUAACAGCACACCGCCAAAUAAGGGCGGUUGGACCAUCGUCCGUAAACCCAGCAUACCCAACACCAAUACACAACCUCGAGUAGCUGUGCUCCGCGAUGGCUCGGUUGAAGCUGAAUCCGACUGUGACAUGGUUGUGGGCGACUUCGAUCCUGACGAAUCGGAGCAGACACACAGUAAUAAGCCAGCCCCACCCUCCACACUCAAACCAGACGUGGAUAAGAUUGUCAAUGAUCCGUUCGUAAGCAUACAUAAGUCGACUGAGCCAGAAGCGAACAAUCCACCUAAAGCAGUGCGAUCGGCUUCGCCGAGCGAUUCAGCGAAACUCAUGCGUGAGAGAUCUAUCCGCACGAAUCGGCGCCUCAGGUUCAUCGAAUGCCUCCGAAAGGACGAUAUCAAUAUUGCUGAGCUUCGGAAACUUGCCUGGGCGGGUACUCCAUCAACUCUGCGCCCUGUGGUAUGGCCUCUUCUUCUGGGUUAUCUACCAUUGGCUGCCCCCGCACGCAGUGCGACGUUGACCAGAAAACGGGAGGAAUAUCGGUCUCUGGUUGAACUUGCGUUCAAGAAGGAGCGACAAGGCCUUGACCAGCAGAUUUGGCAUCAAAUUGAAAUUGACGUUCCACGCACACGACCGGGAACCCGUUUGUGGAUGCAGGAGCAUACCCAACGCAGCCUCGAGCGCAUCCUUUACGUUUGGGCCAUUCGACAUCCGGCCAGUGGGUAUGUACAGGGCAUCAAUGACCUUGUCACUCCAUUUUUCCAGGUGUUCCUCUCGGCAUACAUAGAUUCUGAUCCAGAGCAGUUUGAUGCUGCUCUGUUACCUGAGAACGUCAGAGAUGCCGUUGAAGCCGACUCCUUUUGGUGUCUUUCUCGUCUCCUUGAUGGCAUACAAGACAACUACAUUGCGACACAGCCUGGUAUUCAACGAAGCGUCAAAAGGAUGGCUGAACUGGUUGCGCGUAUUGAUGCUCCACUGUACGCACAUCUCGAAUCCGAGAGUGUCGAGUUUAUGCAGUUUGCAUUUCGGUGGAUGAACUGCCUGCUUAUGCGGGAAAUAAGCGUGCAGAAUACCAUUCGCAUGUGGGACACCUAUUUGGCUGAGGGUACAGACGCGUUCUCUCAGUUCCACCUCUAUGUUUGCUCUGCCUUCCUCGUCAAAUGGAGCGAAAAACUCCGCAAGAUGGAUUUCCAGGGUAUCAUCAUGUUUCUCCAGUCACCACCCACUCAGGACUGGGACGACCACGAGAUUGAAAUGCUGCUGAGCGAGGCGUUUGUGCUCAACUCAAUAUGGCAUAAUGCUCAGAGUCAUUUUGGAGCCAAGUAGAUUGAGUUAAAGCGGUUUGUACGUAUACGUGAUGCGGGGGCAGUUAUGCUAGGGGAAUGAUGAGAGGCAAUGUAGAUUAGUCUCAGAUGCGGUAGGGAGUAGGACGAUAAGUCUAUUCUGCAGAGGCGAGGUCGCGAUCGAAGGCGUUCCUUAAACUCUUGGCUUGAUCGUCGGUCUUGAAGCGCAAACGGUAUGAGGUUGGUUCGCUCCCAUCGUACCCGACGAAAGAAACCACCUUUGCCGCGUGGGUUGGUUUGAGUCCGGAAUAGAGGUUGAAGUUAAUGAUGAUCUUCCCUGUCGAGCUAUUUCUCAACAGAGCACGACGGGCUGAUGUCUCCUUGUGCUUCUUGAGACGGAAAAUGCCAACACCCAUGUCCUUCCACUCUGCCGGGGCUUCAGAAGCCUUCACCAGCUUGUACACCUUGCACUUGCCGGCAUGCGUCGUCUCCUCGUUCUCCUCGCCCUCCCCUUCUUCAUCGUGGUUACUGGUUGAGAUCAACUUGGCCGAAUCGUCUUCCGGAGCAUCCGGCUGUGGGGUCGAUGACUCCGUAGACUUCUCAGAGGUGAUCGAGGAAGUUGAACCUCCCGACGGACCAAGGAGGUUCCCUGUCUGCGAGCCACCCUGAUUCCCGGAUCCGAAGCCAAAGCCAACUGGGUUGCCCAGGCUGCCUCCGCUUCCGCUCCCUCCGAAGGAAAAGCCGGUCGGUUUCGAAGCGGAGCCGCCUCCGAAUCCAGCAAACGGCGAGGUGGCCUUUGGCGGAGACCCGAAAGCGCUGCUAGACCCACCGAACACGCUCGUCGGGGCGGAGGCCUUGGGAGUAUCUGGAGAUGCAUCCUUGCCUUCAUCCAUACUGGUGGCCGUCGGCAUGGAGCCGAACAGCGGUGACGCCGUGCUGGACGAGGAUGCGCCAAAUGCAGAGGUGGAUGAAUCGGAACCAAACUUGAAUGCAGAGCCUCCCUGACCGAACUUUGGCCCCGAGUUUGAUAACGUGGCUUUGUCUUUGUCGUCGCCGGAUGAAGAACCGAAACUAUAGGGCACCUUGGAGGGAUUUGAAGAGGAGCCGAAGGAGAACCCCCCUGUUGCUGAGCUUCCAGAAGUCUCAGGCUUGGCAAAGCUGAAAGGCGACUGCGUAGCCGGCUUGUCCUUGUCAGACUCCGUGGGUUUGAAGGUGAAGCCCGUGGGUUCCUUGGAGGGCGUCGAGACUUCGGUUGGUUUGCCAAACCCAGCGAAACCGGAUGCUGAAGGAAUCGGCAUUGUAAACUUUGGUGGUGCUGUCUUCGCUGGCUGGGAUUCUUGCGGUGUCGUUUUGUCAGCCUUGCCUACGGGAUGUGACUUCGACUUCUUGUCAAAGUCGCUCUGUACCGUUGUCCGAAGCUUCUUGUAGGUUUCAAGCAAGUCGCUAAUGUCGACGAAUGGGUCUUGGUCCACAGCCUUGGUUAUUGCGGCCAGGAAAGAUACGUUCAGGCCGCGCAGCGACUUGUAGUAAGAAAGAGACGCGUCGUUGUCAUUGGAGGGUGCAGCUGACGAUGUUGAGAAGCUUGGUCUGGACUCUACCGCAGUCGACGCGUUGAAUAGCGAAGCUGUCUUGGGUUCGGAGACCUUUGUAGCCGGAGAUGAAGAGCCGAAGAGAGAGGGUGUUACCGAGCCAUUGUUUGUAGCGGAGGUGGUCCCGGGGUUAGUGGAAGGCGCAGCCCCGAAAGGCGAAGCACCAAAUGCUGAGCCCCCAAACACGUUUGUGCCUAAAGAGUUGGUUGAGAAAGAUUUGGCAACAUUUCCAGCGGGAUUGGCAGCGAGAGAUGGUGUUGGGGUUGGGGUUGGGGCAGCUACCGGCGCCGUAAAGGUAAAAGGGUUUGACGUGGACGUGGCAGCACCAAAACCAGAGAAGCCACCAAACUUGGGGGCUGCGUUCGAGUCUGUGGUUGCGGGUGGAGGUAUUGGUAUCGAGGGAGCGCUUUUAUUACCUGCUAGUGCGCGUUUGGGGAGAGCACGUAUUUGUCUGCCUGCGAGCACAGAGUCCUGGGCUUUCUGAAAGCCCUGUCCGACUUCUGCGGAGUCCUGGACGUCGUCGUCGUCUCCGUCCUUGAUGAUCUGUUUC